AUGGGGACAGCCGCUUCUGGCCGGGACCCUCCAGCAGAACCUUCUGGGGGCUCCCGGGGCUCUGCCUGCUCCAUGCUGCUGCUGAGCGGUGCCGAGCCGGGAGGAGGAGGAGGAGGCGGAGGAGGAGGCGGAGGAGGAGCCGCGGCCGCACCGGAGCGCUCCCUCUUCCCGUCGCCGCGCUCGGGGCCGGGGCGCACCGGCGGGGGGCGGUGGCGGCGGCGCUUCUCCCCCCCCCGCCCCCCCCCGGGGAGGCCCGGGCCCCCCCCCCCGCCGGGGGGGCCCCCCCCCCCCCCCCCCCCCCACGGGCCUCCCCCGCCGCCGCUGCCGCCGUUCCCCGGGAAGGGAGGCCUGCAGAUCCGGAAGAAUGCCAUCACGGACGACUACAAGGUCACCACGCAAGUGCUGGGGCUCGGCAUCAACGGGAAAGUUUUGGAGAUCUUCAGCAAGAAGAGCGGGGAGAAGUUCGCCCUCAAGAUGCUGCAGGAUUGCCCCAAGGCCCGCAGGGAAGUGGAGCUGCACUGGAGGGCGUCGCAGUGCGCGCACAUCGUCCGCAUCAUGGACGUCUACGAGAACCUCUACCAGGGGAGGAAGUGUUUGCUCAUCGUCAUGGAGUGCCUGGAUGGCGGGGAGCUCUUCAGCCGGAUCCAGGACCGGGGAGACCAGGCCUUCACAGAACGGGAGGCUUCAGAGAUAAUGAAGAGCAUUGGGGAAGCCAUCCAGUACCUGCACUCGAUCAACAUCGCGCACCGGGACGUGAAGCCGGAAAACCUCUUGUACACCUCCAAAAGGCCCAAUGCUGUGUUAAAGCUCACUGACUUUGGCUUUGCUAAAGAAACCACCACGCACAACUCCUUGGCCACGCCGUGCUACACGCCGUACUACGUGGCCCCCGAGGUGCUGGGCCCGGAGAAGUACGACAAAUCCUGUGACAUGUGGUCCCUCGGUGUCAUCAUGUACAUCCUGCUGUGUGGGUACCCCCCCUUCUACUCCAACCACGGCCUCGCCAUCUCCCCCGGCAUGAAGAAGCGGAUCCGCAUGGGCCAGUACGAGUUUCCUAACCCCGAGUGGUCCGAAGUGUCAGAGGAAGUGAAGCAGCUGAUCCGCAACCUGCUGAAGACGGACCCGACCCAGCGCAUGACGAUAACGGAGUUCAUGAACCACCCCUGGAUCAUGCAAUCCAUGCAGGUGCCACAGACGCCGCUGCACACCAGCCGCGUGCUGAAGGAGGAGAAGGAUCUGUGGGAGGACGUGAAGGAGGAGAUGACGAGCGCGCUGGCCACCAUGCGAGUGGACUACGAACAAAUCAAGAUCAAGAAAAUUGAGGAUUCCUCUAACCCUUUGCUCAUGAAGAGGCGAAAGAAAGCCAACCCUGCGGAGCCCACGGCGCUCCCCCACUGAGGGCACGAGCACCGGCGGCCCUCGAGAAAGCAAUAACUAUAUAUAUAUAUUUUUUAAGAAAAAGACACAAAGAGACAGACUGUUCUAUCAAGCGCAUGGAAUUCAGACAUUUAUACCAGACUAGUUAUUUUUAGCUACUCACCUGUGUUUCUGACCUUUCUGGAGCAGGCGACGCGAUAUCCCCGUCAGAUCCACGCGCGUCGGCCGGGGGGUUCUGUCCUGUAGGUGGAUGACACCGAUAAUUGGAUUUUAUUUUCUUCUUUUGUGAAACAUUUCGGCUUUUUGGUUUUUGUUUUGUUUUGUUUUCCUUCCUUCCAAAGACAUGGAAAUUCCUGUGGUGACCUUUGUAGGGUA